UAGUUGUUCUCUCUUUGUAUACAAAGUUUUAAUUUUCUUUUUCUUUUGAAGCAGAUCUCAUCAAUCAGGUUUUCUUUGCUUCAAUGGCGGCGGCUACUGGAUCGUUCGUUUCCGUCACUUCUUUCUCUUGCUCUUUGAAGCAAAACAAGGUGUUCUCAAGUGUGAAGUCAGUAUCACUGAUGUCUAUUAAUGGGAAAUCAUUCCCAUCGCUUAGGUUGAUGAGACCAGCUGCAAAUCGCUUCCAAGUCUCUUGUGCGGCUAAGGCAGAGACAGUAGAUAAAGUGUGCACAAUUGUGAGGAGGCAAUUGGCUGUACCAGAUGAUACACCUGUGACUGGAGAGUCAAAGUUUGUAACCCUUGGAGCAGAUUCUCUUGACACAGUGGAGAUUGUAAUGGGAAUUGAAGAGGAAUUUGGGGUGAGUGUGGAGGAAGAAAGUGCACAAAGUAUAUCCACUGUCCAAGAUGCUGCUGAUCUGGUUGAGAAGCUAAUUGCCAAACCUGCAGCAGCUUAAAGAAGGUGAUGGUGGUGGUAGUUGAUUUUGACAACUUUUUUUCUUUAUGAAAUAAACAAAAAAAUGUAGGGCUUGCCUUUUAGUCUUGUUUGUCAUGAUCAAGAUGUGAUCUUUGUGUUGAUUCUGGUUGUAAUGUUUUAUUUUGUUUUUGUUUUGUCUUUGCAAUGAACUUGACUAGUCAUGCUUUUUUUAUGUUUACAGAAGAGUAUGAAGUGAGACUUUGUUUUAUUUAUUAUUAAUUAUGUUUGUUUGGUAUUAGUCUA